UUAGAUCACCAGAUGGACUUGCUUGAGAGCAAUAUGCUCCAGAAAAAGCCAUGGUACCUUCAAGGUGAAACAGUUGCUAAAGACAGAGAAGAAAAUGCCCUUCUGGGAGAACAUUUAGAAGUACAGCGUCAUGCAAUAUUCAGUAGAAGUUUCUUUUUAACUCCGUCUGCAGUAGACGAAAGUAUGAUUGUGGACUUCAUUAAGGGUGGAAUUAAAGAGAGGGCGUUUGACAGUGCUGUAUUAAAAAUUAAACAUAAAGAAAAUGCCGCCUCCAAUAAGGUUAUUGGAAGUGGUGCAAAGACCUCGCUGGUGGAGGAUUACGAGAACCUCUAUAUCAAAGCCAAGGCACUCGAAAAAGUUCAAGAAGAUCCAGAAAAGGAUGCACUUAGAAGAGAAAUAAUAGACUUAUUUGAUAAUCUGGACGCACUGUCAAGCAUGCAUUUUGUGCCUAGAUCGCGCGUUGAUGGGUACAACAUUAUCACCAACAAACAAGCCUUGGCACUAGAGGAAGCCGGACCAACUGCAGCUGCACCAGGAGACCUUUUGGCUCCAGAGGAAGUUUUUGAACCGCGCGGUGAACCCAUCAAAGGAACUACAGAGGUCACUUCGACAGAUAGAAGGCGACACCGGAAAAAGUUAAUGCGCAUCCGAGCAAAACAGAGGGAGGCGCGAGCCAAGCUAUCCUCACGUACUAACGAUCGCCAUGCUGCAAUGGACAAGAUAAUAAAGAUGGCUCAUAAACCCGGAUCGAAAAUAAAGAUUGCCAAAUGA